AUGAGGCCAUCUCCUCUGCUGCUAUGGCUAUGGGCAGCAUCGGCUAUCUCCUCUGCUCUUCUCGCCUCCAGAUUAUACCUCCGUGCUUCCCCCUACUCCGCUGCGCCUUCCUCACCUGCUGCCACAAUCACCUCCUCAUCACCACCAACCCAGCUCCUUGUCCCUGCGGAAGACCAGCACCGCCACCGGCGGAAGUGCGACGAGCAGGCCAAAUGGGCGGCCAAGAUGGCGUCCCUGCACAACGCCACCAUGGUCCUCACCGUCGACCGCAAGGGCUGCGCCAACUUCACCAGCCUGCAGAAGGCCGUCGACGCCGUGCCUGACUACGCCGCGGUCCGGACGCUCAUCGCCGUGGACGCCGGGGUCUACACCGAGAAGGUGGUGGUGUGGAGCAACAAGACGGGCGUCACGGUGCAGGGGCGUGGCAACCUCAACAGCAUCAUCCUCUGGAACGACACCGCCAACUCCAGCGGCGGCACCUUCUACAGCGCCACCUUCACCGUCCUCGCCGACAGGUUCGUAGCCUACAACAUCAGCGUCCAGAACACCGCUCACGCUGCCGACCCAGGGGACGCGGGCGGCCAGGCGGUGGCGCUGCGGGUGGCCGGAGACCAGGCGGCCUUCUACUGGUGCGGCUUCUACAGCUCGCAGGACACGCUGCUGGACGAGCAGGGCCGCCACUUGUUCCGGGGCUGCUACGUCGAGGGAUCCAUCGACUUCAUCUUCGGCAACGCUCGCUCCCUCUACCUCGGCUGCACCAUCAGCUCCGUCGCCAACGCCGGUGCGGACGGCAGCGUCACCGGGAGCAUCACGGCGCAGGGGCGCGCGUCGGCGGCAGAGAAGACGGGCUUCGCGUUCGUGCGGUGCAGCAUCGUGGGCACGGGGCAGGUGUGGCUGGGCAGGGCGUGGGGACCCUAUGCCACCGUCGUCUUCGCAAGGACGUACCUCGCCGCCGUGGUCGCGCCCGGCGGAUGGAACGACUGGAACGACCCGGCGAGACAGCAGUCGGUGUUCUUCGGUGAGUACGAGUGCACGGGCCCCGGCGCUAGCAACGUCACCGCGCAGAGGGUGGCGUACGCCAGGCAGCUGGAUCAGCGGCAGGCCGCGCCCUUCAUGGACGUCUCCUACAUCGACGGCAGCCAGUGGGCAGUGGCCCCUCUUCUUCCGCCGACUGCAAUUAAUGAUCAACCGUUGCACCCCUCAUCGGAUUCGGAUUCGGAUUCGGAUAUAUAGCAGCAAACUGCAACAAGCCACCUCU